AUGCUAAUACGAAGGUGGUUAUCACGUGGUGCUCUGGCUUCUGCUCUAGCCAGGCCUGGAAAGCCUUCAGGGUCUCAUAUCAAAGAGAAGCUUGCACAUUUCGUGGAGACGGGACAGAUCCAGACGUUUACGCCUGCUCAGGCAGCGGCCAAUCUACAAAGAAAGAAUCGAAGGGCGGCUGCUAGCGCUGCUAAGAAUACGCUUAGUCCUCAGAAAGCGUUGCUUUUGUUGCGGUCGAAGUAUGAUACUGGCGUUAUACGGUCCAAGGCUUCCAAAGAGGUUAUACACUUGGAUAAGAUCAAACCGAGCGAUUUGGCUGUGGAGUCGAAGAUGUCGCUUUCUAUAUUUGAAAGCCUCGCAGAGAUGAAGAGUGUAGGCCGGAAACAUGUACCGCCAAAGCUUUUGCUUCACUUAUUGGGGAUUACGCCAGAAGCGCUUUUGGACCCGUUUAAGGUGACUGAAGCUACGCUUAAGCUUUUGGAGAUUGAUCAGGCUCCUACAAGAGCCAUGGAGCUUUGCCAUUUGGCUCGUGGAAACGCUGUGGUGGCGCUGAAUGCCGUCAUUGAAUGGUGUAUGGACCAUGGCAAGAUUAAAUGGGGCCAGAAGGCUCUUCACGACCGCAAACGGUGGAUGAUUCCUACUAAUGACCAAACUUACGUUCUUUACUAUAAAGGGUUGGCAGAUAAUCACGAAUGGGGUGCUUUGCUGCGUAGUGCUGUGGUGGAUGCCUUGUCUACGUAUGAUCGUAUUAAACGGCCGCUGGUUGAAGUGUUUAAUGCUUUUUUGCUGUUUGCGAUGAAGAACUAUACGAAUAAUCAGCGUCUAGCAAUGGAGUUUUUCGAACGUGCUGAAACUGCAAAGACAUUUGUGCCUGAUUGUCAAACGUUUACUAUCUUUCUCAAUGGCAGGAAGCGUUAUAUUCAAGACCAAGUGGCUCAAAUUAAAGAUGCCCCUAAUAUCUCUGCUACAGAGAGAACAAGACAGCUUUUUGCAGCCCAGGCUGAGUUGGUAGAGACCGCCACCAAUGUGUAUAAGAAGGUGAUGGCUCUGGCAAUGCCCCCUGUGCCUCCUACUAAAGAAGAAGCAGAAGCUGAUCCAGGCAAGUUGGAACAUUAUAGAAAGCAGACAUCCCGUCUUCUUAUGGAUAUAGAUCCAGUUUUUGCAUCGACUUUCUUGCAAUGUUUCGUCAACAACUUUUCGGGUACUUCUGUCACUCCUCGUUCUGGUUCCCACUACGAGUACAUGCUCCAGGGCCUCGAGUACCUCAAGAUGUGGUGCCCUGAAGUUGAGUCAAUGUUGCAUUUUGCUAAGGAGAACGAUGAAAGCAAGGUUCUUGCGCCUUCAGCUGAUAUCAAGAGACGUACUGAGGAGAGAAUCCAGGAAGCUGAAGUGCCCGAAACUGAUCUUCCUCUGACCCAUGUCAAGGAGCUUCUGCUUGACGAGGUUAACCCAUUGGUUGUAUUCCCACCGCCAGCAUUCUCCACAAACAAGACUAGAGCCAUUUUCUCAGACAAGAAGAAGAGAUUGGUGGACUUCUCGAGACCAAGGUUCUCUGACAUCAACAAACUCGUUCAGCACCAAAACUAUAUCAACUCGGACGGCAAGUUUGGAGUAAAGCUUCCAUCGCUGAAGCUGAUUUCCCUUGAAAAAGGCUUGGGAAUCAACGCUUUCUUGCUCUCCAACGCUGUGGACUCCAUCUUGAAGGUCGGUGCAGUUAAGGAAUUCUACUUGGCCAUGUGGUAUAUUUUGACGAACUGGGGUGGCAUCUAUGUCAGUAGAACUGAUUUGCGUAAACAUGUUGCCGAAGAUUUGACAUGUGGAGCACUCCCCAAGUCUCAGUAUCCUGACUUGACCAGGGCAAGAAACGAUAAAGGCAAGUUUGUGGUAAAGGAAUGUCUUGUGGGCGAGAGAGGUGCAACUGAAGAUGGUGGAGAGUUCAGUAAGCUUUCUUUAAGUGAAAAGAUGGACUUGACGCCUCCUCAUCAACCAAGCAUUGUUGACACUAUGCUUUUGGAGAACUUCAUUUACAAAAUCGAUGACAGUUUCCCUAAGCGUUAUGUUCCCGCUAGGUUCAUUACUGAGCUUCUAGCAGCUGUGCUUUCGCCAACCUCGAACCUCUCCAAGAGCCUCCAGCCUCGUGAGAAGACGUUCGAUGCUGUUUUCUCUGUGCUCAAGAGAGAAGUCUACUUCUACAACGAUAAGAAUUUGCAUAAAGGUGCUGUGGACAAGCGCAGAAAGAAGCUCCGUAAUAACACCCCCAAGAAGUCUUUGACAGCGGAGCAGCUUUUUGAUGUGCUUGACCCACUCAGUGUGCUUAUGAGAUGUAUAAUGGUUCACGAAGCCAGACUCUACGGUUUGGAUAAAAAGAGACAAGCGCUUAUGCUGAACAAGUUCGUGGAGUCCUACGACAACCUCAUCAACCACAUCAACUCCACGACAUGGAUAGAUGCUCCAGAUAACCAUAAAAACGCUUUCGAAGUGCACAAGAAGAUUAUUGGCUCGGGUAUCUUGUUCUACACGCCAAAGGAACUCUGUGAUCCCAGCAAGAACAUUGCCAAUGCCAGAGAAGUCGCCAAGUCUGUGUAUUUCGUGUAUGGAGCGUUGAAGGACCGAGACGAUCUCGACGAUAAGCUGAAGAAGUUGAUGCUUGCAUUGAAGUCCUUCAUUCAGUUGGAGUCCAAGCUGGUUGAUGUGGAAGAAAAACUUAGAGCUCUCCAGUGGAGAGUCUACAACGCCUGUAAAUAG